GUUCGCUCAUCAUCGGUCCCGCUCGCCUUUGUAUUUAGUUCACUGUAACGGCUCAUUUCUUCAGAACGACAAAUCUUAUCGCCUUCCCUAUAAGCUCAAUCGCAUACACUCAUCCAAGUCAGCCUCGUGCUCAAUUCCUUCGGUCAACAUCAUGAACGCAUUCGGGGAGGCUUGUCCUGCCUGCCAGCACACACUGACCGCGAAUCUUGACAAUUACGAACGCAUUUUAUCCGCCAACGAUUUUUCGGUCCCCGAUAAGCUGGGCCCGUACAUAAACAAUAAUUUCUAUCCUGCAUCAGCCGACUGUAUCGAAAUCCAGCAGACCCUUGGACGGUUAACUAAAAACUUCUCAUGCUUUGAAGAAUUGUUUGCCCAUCAGCAGAAUGCCAUCUCGCAGGUUACGUUCAUUCUAAAAAAAUACGAAGAAGCAUAUGCGAAAGCACGCUCUGAACAGCUCCGCGUACAAGAAAUCAUAGACCGACACGAAUACGCACUUUCAUCUCCCAUUCGUUCCUUACCAGAUUAUCUCCUCGUAGUCAUCUUCCAGCUCGCCUCUCCUAAUGCUGCGUCGGUGGAUCAGUUUCCUUGGAUUGCGACUAGGGUGUGUAGGUGUUGGAGAGAUGUUGCCCACUCCAAUCCCAUCCUGUGGUCAGAGUUUCGUGUGGAUGUUUUAUGCAUCCCUCCACCGUUUUCCCGUGGCGGUCCGAGCUGGUUCGCCGGGCGAAAGCUGGACCCCCUGUCCGCACUUUCCAUGCGCAGCGAAAUAUAUAAGAGCGUUCUCGACCAGGCCCUCAAAUACUCCGAGGAUGCACCUCUUACUUUCUCAUUCGAUUUCGAAUUCCCAACCUUCUCUCCAGAACAAACGACUAUCUUAGGUUAUUUGGAUGGGUUCAUUGAUCAAGCAGCACGAUGGCGAAAUGCCAAAAUCCAUAUACGAGGCCCCCUUUGCGAAUUCCUUACUCUCACCAAAAGCUCCUUUCCAAUGCUUGAAAGUCUUGAUCUCGACGUGCAGGACAAUGAUCCGUCAAUUCCGGCCGAUAUCUUCGCCAGCGCUCCGAACCUGUGCAACGUUUUCCUCAGGCUCGCUCAAGCCGAGUUCAUCCUUCCGUGGGAACAGCUGAAAGAGCUAUCAAUCUUCUCCCGUUCCUUAUCGAAGAACUACUAUUUGCAAAUCUUACACAGUGGGCCUCGUCUCGAAACACUGCGUCUUGAAAUGUCAAUUCGGGCCAAGUCGACCGAUGACAGCUGCGCAUAUCCUGUGACCACACUACCUUAUCUUCGAGUGCUCGAAAUUGAUUCAGGAAUGAUGUCGUUUUUCGAUUCCAUACUCCUUCCCAAGCUCGUCUCCUUAAAAAUUUGCGGAGACGAAGACAACAUGGUACCUAAAUUAACCUCCUUAAUCCAGAGAUCAUGUUGCAAUGUGGAGAAGAUUUCAUUUUAUUUUGUCUUUGUUAGGGCUGAAUUCACUCAGCUUUUCCGCCUGCUUCCUUCUUUGACGUCGCUAAGCGUAAACUCACCGUGUUCCCUGAACAAAUUCUUCUUCCACGAGAUGGCACAGUCAUCACUAGUCCUCCCUUCCCUCACGGAUUUGAGUAUAUAUCGUGCCGACAUCACCUAUGACUACGUGACAGCCAUUAUCGAAAUGUUGACAGCUCGUCAGAGUUGUCUGAAGCAAUUUCGAUUAACAAUGAACUUCGGGACGGGAUGCUGGAUGCUGGAUGCACGAGUUGGUCCUAGCGGAUGGCUAGCAUCGUCAGAAGAAGCACAGCUACGGGCAUUAUCGAAGGGGGGGAUGAAGAUUGAGAUUGGAAGAUACGAAUCCUGGCAUUCUGAUGUUUCCUACUUCGAUCUAGACGCAGACGAUUAAAAAGCCUCUGAUUCCGGGUCGCCGGUCUGCUUGACGCGUUGGAAGGAAAUGCUCUUGAUGUUUCGACGCCGUGGACUCACGAUUCGGGACAGCUACUGUUUGAAGGUAUACGAGUGAAAAGGAAUAACAGCGUAGAAUAACGAUCCGUGGGAUAUCUCACAAAGUGUCAAUUUGGGUACAUAAUCGACGUUUGUUUCUUC